AUGGAGGAAGAUUUGAAGAAGCAAGGCGAGGCCAUUGAAGACAAUAGGAGAGCGAUACACUUUACCAAAGUUUCUACCAAGGAGAUGGACAAUCACUUAGAUGAGAAGAUCUCAAGUCUUGAUAACAACCUCGAUGGCACCACCAAGAGUCUCAAUUCAAUAACAGCAGUAGCUCAUCAAGCUAAGAGGGAGGUAGCCGAAGUAACCCUAAAGGAGAGGCAAUGUUACUCGACGAUGCUUACAUUGGUGGAAGGGCAAAAACAAGUGAAGGCACAAAUCCGAGAUUUACACAUCUCUCUAGACAAGAGGAGCCAAGAUAUUCAAAGAAGAGCUAGAGGGCUUGAAGACAAAGUAGAUGGAGUCUCCAAGGAAGUCAAGGAUUUAACCACUCGCUUAGCCAACUUGGAAGAGAAGGUCUUGACCGAGGCAAAGACGACCGUUCCUAAGCACAACCAUGCCGCGCCCGUCUUUACUAUAAGAGAGACCGACCCAAGAGUGAUUUGGGAUGAAGAAGAAAGUAGAGCUGAUCAAGAAAGAGCCACAAGGCUAACCACUGGAACAAGAGAGAAGAUAGCACCAAAAGGAAGAACCCUUACUCAAAGGUCUUCACAACCGCCUCCCACCAAGGAGAAGAGGAAGACAAGAUCAUCACUUGAAGAGAUCAUAGAUGAUUUCAACUUUAUGGCGAGGAGAUUCCCUUAUGGUGUGCCGUUUGAUAAUGCUUGCAACAAGAGUCCAUUCAUGCAAGACCUAGCUUGGACACAAGAUUGGAGUCUAGCUGAAUUGGAAAAGAUGUACGAGGAAGCAAGAAAGGGGAUGCCUAAACCUAGGUUUCUACACAAGCUUCAUGACCCAGGUUACUUCCUUAUACAUUUCUCUAUCAAUGGAAGCUACUUUGAUGAUGCUCUUUGCGAUUCCGGUUCUAGUGUGAACCUUAUGCCGGCCGAGAUAGCCAAGAAGUUGGGAUUGAUCAAUUCAAUUGUGAAAUCUCGAAUGGAUUUAAAGCUAGCUGAUUCAUCAUUGACCGAACCACUUGGAGAGGUUAAAGACAUUCAGCUUGAUUUUGGAGGCUGCAUAGUUCCAGCCAACUUCUAUGUAGUAACCAUGAAGGAUCCGGAGGACUUAAAGCUUUUGCUUGGAAGAUCAUUCCUAGCCACAGCUGGAGCGAUCAUGGAUUGGCCUAAUAGAAGAAUCUCUCUAGCCAAUGUUGACAAGGACACCUUCUACGAUGCUGCACCUCCCGGUUUCUCAUCCAAGCGAUUUCGCUACACAAGUGGAGGAGAGUGCUCACAAGUAAGAGGAGAGUCGCAUGGCUACUUGAUCAAGGAAGUUCUACAGGACAAGAUGCACUUGGAAUCAUCAGGCAACAGGAAGUUCUUGGAGCCACCAAUCCUACCUAACUAA